ACUUCAUCACUACCAUUUUUUGCAAGUCAACCCACAGGGCGAGCCAACGCAAGGAACCCUGAAAGAGUAUUUCUAAAGAAAUCCUUAUCAUCUCAGUACAUCCUCCAACAAAUUUAAAUUCAAUUCCAAACCAAAAUCACAAUGGCUGAAGAACAAAACGAAUCCGCUGCUUGGCCCGUCGCCGAUAGCACUCUCUCCCAAGAGAUCCUCGAUCUCGUUCAACAAGCUCAACAUUACCGUCAAUUGAAGAAGGGAGCCAACGAGACCACCAAGACCCUCAACCGUGGUAUCAGCGAAAUUGUUAUCCUCGCCGCCGACACUGCCCCAUUGGCUAUCCUUCUCCACCUUCCUCUUCUCUGCGAAGACAAGAACACCCCUUACGUUUACGUGCCAUCCAAGACUGCUUUGGGACGUGCAUGCGGUGUUAGCAGAGCUGUUAUCGCAGCAAGCAUCACCACCAACGAGGCAUCCGACUUGAUGGGCCAAAUCAGAAGCUUGAAGGAUAAGGUCGAGAGACUCCAAAUCUAAGCCCUGAAUUGAAUAGUACAUUGACUGGCGCUACACCUUAACUGCGUGAUGGCAUCAGGCAUUGUUCUAGGAAGAAAAGAAUCUAUGAGUUGAAGAUGGGCAAGAAUUCCAACUUGUUAUAUAAUUACAGGUUAUGAAUACAAAUCCCAUGACUGGGAAACAGACUCAAAAAUGUGAUGACUUUUGAAAUUAUUGGUUCUUUUUCAUUUCCACCAUCGAUUGUCAAAUGAGGCAUCGAUGGAUUCCUAUAGCCCAAUUCUCAUUCUGACGCAUUGUUUUAAGGCCCUGAAUACUGUUUGGGACUUAUCCUUGUAAAUGAGAAGCCCAAAAGAUUCGAUCUGUCACAAAUGUAGAGGAAAUCAGCUCGAAGGGCCAUGACCAAGACUGAGGACAUCAUAAGUCUAGAAGCCCAUGCCAAGCCAGUUUCAUCCAUAAAUGCGUAAUAUCUUUCCAUUAGUCAAUUCCAAUGCAAUAUCUCAUGCGAAUGGAACUCCGAAAUCUUUACUUGUAACAUUGAUGACUAUUCUCUAAAAGCUUUCAGGCUGACACCUUGGAGUGCAUAUUUGGGCUGAACUGGUAGCUUUGGUAGAAGUUGAAAGUUUGAAAUUGCGUGGCUAUGUAUAAUCCUGAUAUCUGAGUCGUCUCAAUCACUACGAGUAUUCGAUUGUGUGUUUAAGAAGUGGAGUUUGGUGAAGUAUUUGCCGCCUAAAUCAGUUUAGAAACUUUCAAGCAUCUAGUCAUUUGAUUGAGGUUUGUGUUCUGACUCUGAGCAGAUAGAUAGCGCUUCCGUCUUGAUAGGAGCUUGUUGGUUAUUUUAUAUUGACUGCUCGUGGUUACGGUCACUUCUUCGUCAGCGGGUCAAGACUUGGUUAUCCUUUAGAUUGAUGACAUCUAGUCUCGCUAUAGGAACUCUGAGUACUAUGACAGUGAUGGCUAUGAGUUUGUGGUGCUCAUGGUACACCAUCUUUAUACAGGAAAUCGAUAUAUCAUAUUUGGAUCAAGUGCACUCAGGAUACGACUGAAG